AUACCGCAGUGUGUUAAAGAGGAGCUCGGGUUCAGCUCAGCGGUUUAUCACUGCCUUCUGCAGAUCAUUAUUACCUACAAGCAUCUUAUUUUAUUCCUUUUCAUUUCAUUUGAUGUGAUUUGAUGUGAUUGGACUCAUUCAGCAGAUUUGGAGUCUGACAUCGACAAGAGUGUUUGGGUUCCGCUCGCGGCUCAGAAUGACUCUCCCCAACGCUCUGGACAUUUCGGCUAAAAGCUGUUCGAGUUCCUGUGAGAACCGGAGCGAGCUGAGGUGGGAUCUGAGCCCGGAGCAGAUCCGGCAGCGGACGGAGAAACUGAUGCAGAGGGUGGAGCAUGCGUACGCCUCGGUGGCGGCGGUGGACGUGGAGAAGGUGUGUUAUGAGAACACGCUACAGGUUCUAGCAGAGGCCAAGCUGGAUUACGCUGCGUCCCGGCACAUGCUGGACUUCCCUCAGUACGUCUCCCCGUGUAAAGACGUGCGGUCUGCAAGCACCGAGGCAGACAAACGCCUGUCCGAGUUUGACGUGGAGAUGAGUAUGAGAUCAGACGUGUUCCACAGACUCAUAGCACUGCAGGAACGGCGAUGUAAUGAUUUACUCCCCGAGUCGCGGAGGUUUAUGGAGCGGCUGAUUAACCUGGGGAGCAGAAACGGACUGCAUCUGUCUGCAGAUGUGCAGCAGGAGAUCAAAAAACUUUCUAAAAGAAUGAGCGAACUUUCAAUAGAUUUCAACCAGAAUGUGAAUGAAGAAAACACAGUUCUGAUCUUCUCUUCAGAAGAGCUGGGUGGUCUGGCUGAGAGUUAUUUAAACGGUUUGGAGAGGACGGAGGAUGGGCGGUACAGGGUGACGCUGGCGUACCCGCACUACUUCCCUCUGAUGAAGAGAUGUCACGUUCCAGAGACCAGGAGGAAGAUGGAGGCGGCUUUUAACAGCAGGUGUAAAGAGGUGAACACAGAAAUCCUCGAACAGCUGAUUGAGUUGCGUGCGAAGGCAGCUAAGCUGCUGGGCUUUAGCAGUCAUGCUAACUAUGUGCUGGAGAUGAAUAUGGCCAGGAACUCCAACACGGUGUCUCACUUCCUCGAUGAGUUGUAUGAGAAGUUGAAGCCGGUGGGUCAGAAGGAGCGUCAGUACCUCCUCUCACUCAAACAAGCCGAGUGCCAGAGGCGGGGCCUGGAGUGUGACGGACAGCUGCACGCGUGGGAUCUGCCGUACUACAUGAACCAGGUGGAGCAGGUGAAGUUUGCGGUGGAUAAGGACAAGCUGCUCGAGUAUUUCCCACUGGAGGUGGUGACUGAGGGUCUGCUGGGGAUCUACCAGGACGUCCUGGGGCUCCGCUUCCACCAAAUCCAAAACCCUCACGUGUGGCACGAGAGCGUGAAGCUUUACACCGUACUCGACUCCACCACGGGUGAGGAGAUUGGACGCUUUUAUCUGGACCUACAUCCCAGAGAAGGGAAGUACGGCCACGCCGCGUGUUUCGGUCUGCGGCCCGGCUGUCUCGGUCCUGACGGGAAGCGUAUGAUCCCGGUGGCAGCCAUGGUGGCCAACUUCACCAAACCUUCACGUAACUGGCCGUCUCUACUGCAGCACCAUGAAGUGGAGACCUUCUUCCACGAGUUCGGUCACGUGAUGCACGAGCUGUGCUCCAGGACUCGCUAUGCGGAGUUCAGCGGCACGCUGGUGGAGACGGACUUCGUGGAGGUUCCCUCUCAGAUGCUGGAGAACUGGGUGUGGGAGAAGGAGCCACUCAGGAGGAUGUCUCGCCACUACAUCGACGGCAGCUCCAUCCCCGAUAGCCUGCUGGAUAAACUCAUCGCCUCCAGAGUGGCUAACACUGGUCUGAUGAACCUCAGACAGAUCGUGCUCAGUAAAGUGGACCAGGCGCUCCACACCAAGUCUUCUGCUGACACCAGCGCCGAGUUCUCCAAGCACUGUAGGGAGAUUUUGGGAAUCCCGGCUACACCAGGGACGAACAUGACGGCGAGUUUCUGUCACCUGGCCGGAGGUUACGAUGGUCAGUAUUACAGCUACCUGUGGAGUGAAGUUUAUUCCAUGGACAUGUUCUUCAGCCGCUUCAGGAAGGAGGGAAUCAUCAACCCCAAGGUAGGUAAGGAGUACAGGAGAGUGGUUCUGGAGGCUGGUGGCUCGGUGGACGGGACGGAGAUGCUGAAAACGUUUCUGGGCCGUGAGCCGUGUCAGGACGCGUUCUUCCAGUGUAAAGGACUCGCAAAUCAGUUCAAACAUCAUGAGAAGAAAACAUCAGAGUUUUAUCUGUUGUCGAGGAGAAGAAAAGCACAAAAAUGAAGCUUUGGUUGGACAGGGGAUGAAGCAGCGGGAGACCUGGGAGUAUACGAAAAGGACUUUUUCCAAACUGUAGUAUCCCUAUGUGGAUGUUAGAUACUUUAGUAGUAGCUUUGACACUUUUACAAACCAAGCCAAUUAAUAAACAGACUGAUUUGCUGAGUGAAUUUAAUAGAUAUGUGAGGCAUAAGUACAAAACUUUUAAACACAUUUUUACAGACGGAUCAAAAGAUCCAAUUACAGCAAACACAGGCUCUGCACAGUAGUUCCCAGUCAGAGGAAUGAGAUAUGCAGGCGGACCUCGGAUAACUUAAGUGUACAUGCCGUGGAGCUAUAUGCCAUCAUCAUAGCAUUAGAAUGGAUUGAACAAAAUAAAGCAAAUAAAGCUUUAAUCUGUAGUGAUUCAGUAUCUGCCGUCCACAGUCUUAAAUCAGGAAUGGCAAGAAAUCACCAGGAACUGUUUUAUGAACUAACGAUUAUCCAUUAAAGAAUAAAGAAGCAAGAUAAGGAGGUUAUAUUCAUGUGGAUCCCAGUGCAUUUUGUCAUUAUGGGAAAUGAAAGGGUAGACAAUAUAGCCCAGAGCAAGCGCUGAAAAAAGAGAUUAUAGAUACAGACAUCAUUCUUUCAAGAUCAGAAGAGAAGAGCAUUGUAUGGGAACGAAUUAGUAAAGAAUGCCAACAGUAGUGGGAUCAAGAAUUAAAAGGUAGACAUCUCGUUAAAAAGAAGAGUUGAUGAAGGGGGAUGAAGGGGAAAAACAGGAGAGAGGAGUCUAUUAUAACCAGACACAAUACGUUACGUACACUCCAUAUUAUAGAGAAACAUCCAACUGGAUUUUGUCAACAUUGUCAAAUACCAGAGACUGAAGAACACGUGCUUGUUAUUUGUCGGAAAUAUGAAACACAAAGGAUGGACAUGAUAACAGACAUAAGGAAAGAAUAGGAUUAACAGGACAUGGAGUAAAGAAUAUAUCGGAAUGCAGUGGGAGUGAAAAAGGAAGGAAAUACUCGAUCUGCUUUCUAAUAAAAACUGGACUAAAGACGAGGACAUGACAUGGUGCACUGUAAAGGAGUUAAAUAAGUUCAGAAGAUGGCAGUAGUGCAACAUCGAGGAUGCAAGCUGCCGUUAAAAUCCGAAGAAGAAGAACAGAAUCAGCGUUUUUCACCUCAGUGUCUGUCUCAGUCUGCAGAUUUUAACCUAGUUGAAACCCUGUGAAGAGGACGUCCACAUACACACACACACACACACACACACUCACACACACACACACAGAGCUGAGAAUAUGAAGGAAUGUUUUAAAAGUUGUGUGUAGAUGAUGGGUAGAUGAUGGCCCGAGGUCCUCUACACACGUCUCCAAGCUUGUCCAGGAGACACAGAGCUUCACUUAAUGGAAUGAAGCUCCAUUAAGUCAACAUGAUCAUAGAAAAACUGAAUUAUUUGUGUUGCACAAAAAUGUUAAAAUAAAACGAUACACUGCAGCUACAAUAUGUUUAAGCACAAAAUAUCAUUUGUUGGAAAUCGUAUUAUUAUAAUUACCCCCCCCCCCCCCCCCCCCCAAGGAGGUGCUAGUAAUUUUGGAGUUGUCUGUAAUUAUCUGUAAAUGAAUAAGAAGAAUGUGUGAAGUGUUUGUGAGGUAAAUGGAACAGAAGCAGAAUGGUAAAAGUGUUUGUGAGGUAAAUGGAUCAGAAGCUCUGUAGUAAUGUGUUUUCAGUCACUAGAUGGAGAUCUGACAUUAACUUUGUGACUCAACAGUUUUUCCGCAUUGCGUUUCUCAGGUAACAUGACUUCAAUAAAUCUUUUAAGAUUUCUAUAUUUA